AUGAACUUUCGGGCAAUAAUCCGAUCUGCUAUCAGAAAAGAACACCUCUCUCUUUUAUCCCUCCUCUCUCUCUCUCUCUCUUUUAUCCCCCUCUUUCGCUCUCUCUCUCAUUUGUCCCUCUUCUCUCGCUCUUUCUAUAUUUUAUCCCUCCUCUCUCUCUCUCUCUCUCUCUCUUUUAUCCCUCCUCUCUCGCUCUCUCUCUCUCUCUUUUAUCCCUCCUCUCUCUUUUUUUAUCCCUCCUCUCUCUCUCUUUUAUCCCUCUCUCUCUCUCUCUUUUAUCCCUCCUCUCUCGCUCUUUCUAUCUUUUUUAUCCCUCCUCUCGCUCUUUCUAUCUUUUUUUCCCUCCUCUCUCGCUCUUUCUAUCUUUUAUCCCUCCUCUCUCUCUCUCUUUCUAUCUUUUCCCUCCUCUCGCUCUUUCUAUCUUUUAUCCCUCCUCUCUCGCUCUUUCUAUCUUUUAUCCCUCCUCUCUCGCUCUUUCUAUCUUUUAUCCCUCCUCUCUCGCUCUUUCUAUCUUUUAUCCCUCCUCUCUCGCUCUUUCUAUCUUUUAUCCCUCCUCUCUCGCUCACUCUUUUAUCUCUCUUCUUUCUCUUAUUUCCUUAUCUCCCUCCUUUCUUUCAUCCUCUCUCUCUCUCUCUUUCCAUUCGUUACUACUAUCUCUGUUUCUUUCCUCUUCUCUAUCCCUUCUCCCUCCACUCAUCUCCUUUUUUCUCUUCUCCUUACUUUCCCUUCUUUGCUCUUCGCCCUUCUUUCCCCCUUCUCACUCUUCUUUCUUUCCCUCCUCUCCAGUCUCUUUUCUCUCUUCUCUUUUUUCUUCCUUCUCUCUCAUAA